AUGGACCUUCACACCGGUAGCCUCUCUGGAAAGCCCAGUCCGGUCCAGCCCGGUUCCCGGGAGAAGUUCGUGUAUAAAGAGGAGCAUCCGUUCGAGAAGCGCCGCUCUGAGGGCGAGAAGAUCAGAAAGGAAUACCCGGACCUGGUCCUGGUGACAGUAGAAAAGGCUCCCAAAGCUCGGAUAGGAGACCUGGACAAAAAGAAAUACCUGGUGCCCUCUGAUCUCACAGUUGGGCAGUUCUAUUUCUUGAUCCGGAAGCGAAUUCACCUCCGAGCUGAGGAUGCCUUGUUUUUCUUUAUCAACAAUGUCAUUCCACCCACCAGUGCCACGAUGGGUCAGCUGUACCAGGAACACCAUGAAGAAGACUUCUUUCUAUACAUUGCCUACAGCGACAAUAGUGUCUAUGGCCUGUGAAGCUGCUGCACCUGCAGUGGGGGGGUCCCAUUCUACAUAGAGAGAGAUGGCCCCCCCUUCCUUGACUUCUUCCUUCAGGACCUGUACUUCCUAAUGUUUGAGGCUCUUCUCCAGACCCUCUUAGCAGGAGGCUCAUGGGGGAGAUGGCCUCUGGUACCUCUCCUUUCUCCUGCCUUCUUCUUUCUACCACCUUUCCCACUCUGCUUUAGAUUUCUUGAUUGUCGAUCUC